AUGACAGACACGACCAUUAAACAGUUGGCAACUAUUUUUCCGAUAGAUACUGAAGCACUGAAACCAGAUCUCAAAUUUCGUCGACGUCGUUCUAUAAUUCGUGACUUCAGUCUUAACACUUCAACUCAUGGUGUUCCAGGCAUUGCACGUAGUCAAAGCAUACAUAAUCGUAUUUUCUGGAUAGUCUCAACAUUAGCAUUUACUGGUAUUAUGCUGUUCUUUGUUGUUGAAUCGAUAAAGCAAUAUUUCAAUUUUCCAACACAAACAUCAGUAUCAUUUAUUGUCGAACGUUCACAAGCAUUUCCAGCAGUCAGUAUUUGUAAUUAUUCACCAUUUCGUCUUGAUAAUUUUAUUGAACCUUUUCUAAAUUUUACCAAUUCACGUAAUUUGACUAAUACAACUGAUACAAGCACUAUUCCUAUCGAAGCAGCUCCCUAUCUUUUUGAUUUUAUUCAAAAUUUAUUAAAUUAUGAUGAAUAUCUGAGUAAUUACUUUUUUCCUCUGAGUUCAAUGUUAAUCUCUUGUUUAUACAAUGGUGAGCGUUGUCAAGCUACUGAUUUUAUUCAAUUUUUUUCAUUCUAUUUUGGUCAUUGCUACACAUUCAAUGCUAAAAUGAAAUUAAAUGACAGUAGUGUUCGAAGUACUAUUGAUCAUGGAGGUAUCGGUAAACUUGAAUUACAACUCUAUGCACACAGCCAUCAAUAUGUUCCAUAUACUUCAAGGGAUAUAUCAGUUGGUAUGGUGGCUAUGAUUCAUGAUAAUACAGAAUUACCUCUCAUAGAAGUAGCUGGUAUUCAACUUGAUCCUGGACGAAAACACAAGUUUGGUUACAAAAAGAGAACGUAUGAAUCAUUACCAUCUCCAUAUUCUGACUGUACAAAUGAAGUUUCUCUUGCCAUGCAAGCGAUGUUUAAUCGAUAUGCAGGUGCUGAUUACGCUUAUUCUCAAGUUUUAUGUUACAUGACAUGUGUACAAGCAUAUAUAUAUGGCCAAUGUGGAUGUAUAAGUCCAUUUCAGUGGACUGCUCGAUCUAUUGUUUUACCUGGUUCAGACCGAAUUAUUGAAGCACCUCUCUGUAAUACAACGAAUAAAUGCUAUGCGAAUGCACAAGUUCGUAUUACAACUACAACUUCGAUUUGGGAUCAGUUUUGUUCUAAUUGUUCACAACCAUGUUCGACUGUAGAUUUUACUAUUACACCAUCAGCAGUAUCAGCUCCAUCUGCUGUACGCAUACCUGAAAUUAAAGUAUUUGUUGAAAAAUCUGGUAUUGCAUUACCGAAAAACUGGACAACAACAUGGCAAUCAGAAAUUCAAAACAAUUAUGUUGCUGUCGAUGUUGUUUGUGAAACAAAUCGUGUAGAAGCUUAUACACAAGAUGCAUCAAUUAGUAGUGUUGAUCUUCUUUCAAAUGUUGGUGGUCAUACAGGCUUAUGGAUUGGUAUUAGUUUUUUAUCAAUAAUGGAGCUGGUUGAAAUGCUUUAUCGUCUUAUUCGAUAUCAUUAUUAUAUUUUAAGAGGAAAAAUACGAAGACGAAAUCAAGAACAAUCAUGGCUGCGUCAAUCAUCAGUUUUUUAA